AUGCGUACGUUCAAAAAACCAGUGAGGAAGGAUGACGAAUCAAUCUAUCCUACAGCAAAUAGCAUCGAUGGUGUAUUGGGCAACGAAAGCACAAUGUUUAAGCCGCCUUCGUCAGCAAGAGAAAACUUCUCUCUGACUCCUUUACUGUCGCCUAAGGCAACCCAAUUUCCACAAUUUACACCUCCAAUGGCAUUGGCUACCACCUCAAAUAACAUCAUUAACAACAGUAGCAACAUUAAUAGCAACAAUGACAACUAUAAUAACAACAAGACAGUAAGUCAUGGCUCUGCAACAAGUUCAAGUCAUAUGAGUUCUCCCAAAAAACUUCUCACGCCAAUCAGAAAUUUGUUUUCCUCAUCAAGGUCUGCGGCAACGACUCCCAACUCAAAUGAUGCUUUACAAGAUGCCAUUUCAUCAAAACAUUCAUCUAGAAAUUCGAAAAGAUCCGUAUUCAAGAAACAUUCCCGGAACAAGAGUUAUGGCUCUGCUGCUUCAGAGACAAAAGAACAGGAGUUUGUUAAUUUAAGUCGACCUAUAAGACAUAGUAGAGGGUACCACGUAGCUACAUCAUCAUCUUACCCCAACGGGUUUCCUAAAUUUGACAUCGAGAAGAAAGAACUAGAUGCUGAUCUAGCGUCUAAAACGAACUUACAAAGCACGUUUUUGGAAAAACAGAGCCCGUUAUUAAAUAGGGAACUGCGGCAGAGCUUGCUCGGGCCUCCAAUUUCUAUGUCGCGGAAAAGUCUGAAUACAAACCGAAGUAGUUGUUCGUUUGAGGAGAAUGAAAGUAAAUUAAAUACAAAAGAAGUUUGUUUUGACGAGCCUCAUCGAGUAAAUCUUGAUGAGAAAGAUGAAUUAAAAACGGACCAUACAAGCAUUUCCGAGAACGGGUGCGGAAGUACAAGUUUUGAUGAUGACGAAGAUGAUGAUGAUGAUGACGGUGAUGAUGACGAUGAUGAAUCAUCACAAUUUUCUUUUGUGCAGGACAUGAAAGGAGGAAGAAACACGUCCAUCAAAUAUUACAAGACAGGAGCCACAGCUGUAAAGAAUAAGAUUGCGGAAAACGAUCUUAUUGCGCAAGACUUUGGCUAUGACGAAGGAGAGCUCGCGGAUUACGAUUUUGACAACAAUGGAUAUGAUGAUUAUGACGAUAAUUACUACGAAGGUUAUGAUGAAGAAGAUGAGUUGCAUAUGGGUAAUGAAGCUUAUAAGGAUUUUUUCCUGAAUGAAAUCAGUCCUAUAGCAGCUAUGCCUGUUGAUGAUGAUGAUGAUGAUGAUGUGGAAGAAGAAGGAGAAGGAGAAGGAGAGGAAGAAAAAGAAGAAGGAGGAGAAGAAGAAGUAGCAAGGAAUGCAAGUGUUGACCAAGCAAAAAUUGAAACUUGCGAAACAGGAACUUUGGGAACAAACUUUGAUUUUCCAAAGUCAAAAGCCUUGGCAGCGGAUUCUUCACAAUGUGGAAGAAGACCUUUUUACUUAUCGUAUCACCACUCUAUUGAAGGUCCGUUCCAAUUUGAGGAAGUACAUUCUGUUGAAGAGGAACAGGAACUUGACAUUUUGGAAAACUAUUUGGACAAAAGUGCGCCACGGACACCUCAAUCACAGACUAGUCAUGUAAGCGAAACUUUUUUUUUCUCGGAUAGCGAGCUAAAGCAUGACCAAGCAACGUGUUCUGCUGAAGCCGGUAUUAAUAAUGUCAUUAGUCAUGGUGCUGGGAGUAGCGAUGGUGAUAUUCAUCUCUUCGACCUCAGCAGUCCCGUCAUAAAUGGUUUAACAAUUGGUCAUAAUCUAAGGCAUAGAUCUAAAUUCAACGAAGCAAACGCAAGCAGGCUCUUUAUUCAUCGUGAACCUUUUAGCACAGACUUGUCAACAAGAAAAAUAGGUGAACAAUCUACAGAGCUGUUGGAACUGAGCGGUAGAGUAUUUCCUUCUUUCCAUGGUUCUUUUGAUGAAAAGCUUCAGCGAUCAGUACAGCACAACAUCAAUGCCUUCGACAGAUAUGUAGGAGAACAGUUUAAGAAAACAUCACAUACUUUUCCCUCCAUUAUUGUUGAAGAUCUAAGUCCAUCUGGUCAUCUUAAUUCUACCAACAAAUGCGGAAAUGCGGGAUCUUUUGCAAACAAAGAUUUAAGCCCAUACGCUGUUGAAAAAGAUGGGAAUGGAAGAGAGUAUGAAAGAGGCGACGAUGAUGAUGACUCUUUUACAACUGCGCAUUCGAGUGUAGAACGUUUUGAGAACCACAAUACCUUGCCUUCUGGUCAGGCCAAUUGUACGAAAAUAAAACCAAAUACAAGCGAUACAAGGUCAGUUUCAAAUGCUGAAUCUAGCAAUGAAAAAGAGCCAGUACAACAGACAAGAAGAACUUCAAUCUGCGAACUAAUGGGUUUACUUUCAAAUUUGGAAUCGAAAACUGUAAACAACACAGCAAUUGAACCCGACUCAAAUGCGAAUGAGCAAAGAAUGGAAACAAAUUCUUCAAGAUUGUUGGAUCCGAGACAAAAAGAGCAAAAAGAGCAAAUUUCGGUGAAUAGGAAUUCGGUGGAAAACAUGAUGGGAUUGUUGGCUACAAUUGGUGCAACCCGAGCAGAACUGGACUCUUUCAAUUCCAAUAAGCAGCCAGAUUUGAAACGAGAGUCGGUGGAAGGGGUGAUGAAGUUCUUAGCAGAAAUGGAGAACCGAGACUUUGCCAUGGAAAGCAAAGAGAAACAAUCAAAUAAAACACCUCUGACCGUUUUCAGUGCAAAUACACCCGAACCCGUUAAAGAACCAAAUAUUUCAACAGAACUGGAGAAAAUACAAUCCCAUAAAUUUGCUCGCAAGGCUUCAUUUAAACGUUAUUCUUGGUUCAAUAGCCAAGAAAGUCUUGUUCUAAACAACAACCAGGGAUCGAAAUAUGAAGAAGUGGAUCCCACUGAUGAUACCCUUGUACCUGUGCCAUUAGACCCUGAUCUACUCGAUGAGGUUAAUCAAAUUCCUGAUGACUUUGUGUAUCACGAGAGACAACCGGAGUCUAUACUUUUGCAUAAUAAACAGAGCUUUGAGCGCUCACUGUCAUUUAAGUCACGUCCGCAGAAGAUGUUGCACUACAAUGCUCCCAAAUCAAACAAGAUCGAAACAUUGCACAAGACAAUCACAUUCUAUGAUAGAGGUGCUUCUUCUAUUACUUCUAAUAUGUCAUCGUCUUCUUUACACGAUGCAUCUACUAUGCCUACAUCUCCUAUUGACCCUAGACUUCUUGCAAUAUCUAGCAUUAGCAGAAAAGCCUCGGCAAAGUCAAUUAGCUCGUGCCCUUCGGUUUGUGAAAUUUCAGAGGAAGAAACGGGACUAUGA